CUUCUGCGAUGUGAUGUGAUGUGCUGUUGGGAAGAUGGGUGGGAUCGGCGAGCGCGCGUACCUCGGUGCUACUCUGGAGAGAGUCGACGAGCUCUUGGGAGAAGCGGACGGGAGUUUCGCUGGUGGUGUGUUAGUUACUGUGCAGGCUGAGAAUUCAAUAGCCUCGGAGCGACUGCAUGCCAGAAUCCGGAUGGAAAAGGCGUGCCAUUGCGCUUUGGGGCAGAGGAAUUGGGCAGUCAUACCUUUGCCAAACGUGAGAUGGCGCCUGCGACGCAGGUUUUGAUGGUGAACUUCCCAUUGUAGAGUUGUGAAGAGGACCCAGUAGCUGUGCGGCUUUGAGCUCAGUUGAUCUUGGAUCGGGUGCUUAAGCUUCAAGAUUCUCGACGUUCCCGGGAACAACCUUUGGUACCUUAUUAUUAAGGCCACAAAGUAGUUUAACUCCUAAUUCUGACGACCGAUCCACGUGACUAUCUAUCACGGGAGCACUUUCAAGACGACGAUUAUAUAUAACGAAUACUUUGUCGUGAGGGGAAGCAAUAUCGACAAUAUUGGAUAUGUCUCGACAGACGAUUCGGCGAGUUGUGAUGACCGGGUCUGUUGCAGCCAUCACCGCGACCGGGGCCUGGUAUGGCGCUGGGCUGAAGACGCAGAAGCAAGCAACUGAGGCAGUUGAAAAGCACCGCGAAGUGACCGCUGAAGAACAGUUGGCGCUGCUUAAUGAGAGGCGGGGUCAACUUGUGGGGAAGAAGAUGACUAUGGAGAGGAAACUGGCCGAGUUGGAGGCUAGGAAACACGGCGCUACGAGGGAGGAGUCUAAGUUUGGACGGGAGAGGAGGUGACGACAGUCAGUGCGGGGGAAAGGGAUGUACGUUAGAGUUAAUCAGCGGGAACGUAAGGCAAGAGCGAGCCUGGGGUGUUUGGUCGGUGCCGCGGGCUGGUGGUAUCGACAGGAAUCCUUCACCAAAACAUACGCAAACCAUGUAUUUGUAUAGCCAUCAAAGCGAGUUUACGAACCCGUUUAUAACUUGUACAUAUUGAACAGCAGAAACAAGGAAGAUAUUCUAGGUCUGAACAAG